AUGCAAGUAGAGAAGUUGGGGGACACGAGUCUACAAUGGUCUCCACUUUAAGGGCCUUUGCCCCCACAUUCAAUCGCUCUCCGUCUCGCGCGUUUUCAGUCAAAACCCAGAUGGAUUCCAUCAUCAGAAACCCCGACGGCCACAGCUCCCGGUGCGCUUCCACCUCUAAAUCCAGAGAAGCUCUGAUCACUUUACAGGAAUGGCAGGGUUGGGGCUCCACGUCUCCUGUUCCCAUCAUGGUUACGGAAAUUAUCGAGGAAAUGAAGGUUUUGGAGAAAACUAUUGAUGCCCAAAUGAGUUUUGGUGGUAAUGGGGGCAAACUUCAGGGAUAUUUUAGAACUCAGGAGGACAAAAAACACCGAGCUACAUAUCAGGCUCUCGGUAGUUCUGAGCAGAAACUUCAAUUUUUUUCUGCUCGACAAAUAGCAUGUCGUUUGCUUGGGAGCCGGGAUUAUCUUUGUCAGAAGUGCUGGCUGCCUUUUGAGGAUUGUAUGUGUUCAAGAGUCAAGCAUUGUUCUCUAUGGCAUGGAGCACGUUUUUGGCUAUAUAUGCAUCCAAAGGAUUUUCUGCGGCAGAACAACACAGGGAAGUUGCUGUUGCAAGUCUUUGGUGUAGAAGCCACAACUUUGUGCCUCUACGGUAUCUCAGAACAUGAAGAAAUCAUGUGGAAUGUAUUCAAGUCAGCAGGUAAAAGUAAGGUUUGUUGCCUUUAUCCCAACAAGAAUGCAACUUCCAAAGGUGUUCAGGAGGCCUUCAGCUCUGAACUCUCGACUAAGCUAGAAGACACAGAACAAAUGACUGAUGGAGAUGGAAUUCUGAAUUUUAUUUUGAUUGAUGGUACUUGGAGCAACUCUGCUGCAAUGUUCAACCGACUCAAGGAGCAAGCCAUAUCGGUUUGGGGGGAGGACAUUCCAUGCAUAUCAUUGGCUACCGGAUCCUCCGCAAUGCAUAAACUCAGGCCUCAACCAUCAUGGGACCGCACCUGCACUGCAGCAGCAGCAGCUAGCCUACUCUUCGAGCUUCAACUCGUUCCAAAGUUCAGUUCGGUUGAAUUGGAAAAACAGGGUGAAGCAUUGGAAGAUGCUCUGGAAGUUUUGUUAGAAGCUCUUACUGCUCGACGUAUUCGGAUGGGGCGGUCCAUCACCCGUAAAGUAAGACAUGCAAGCAGUUUUUGCUAAUCAAGGACGACGUUCCUUGAACUGCCUGAGGCGAACAUUUUCAAUGCUUUUAUUGGUACAUGCGGCUUCUCAUGCAGCUUGAUUUAAGUAUUUUCAUAAUACAUUUAGGAUUAUAUCAAAACAUUAACCUUGUAGUUUGCCAUUUGAUCAUACGUUAAUUUACAUUUGAAGGGAGGAGUUGUCUAACUCCUUUUUUAUUGGAGAAACCAAACAAACUUAAACAAUACAAGCUUCCUAAACCUAUAACUCCACCAGCACCAACAUCAGGUUGACCUCUUAUGUCAAAUCUACUCAUAUUCAUAUCAUAUUCUCGAAUUAAAUUUUAUUACAAUACAUAUGAUCAUUUGAAUAUCCUACCUUGAAGACUGAAAUAAGAGUAAUGUCACUUGUGAUGGAUGCGAGGGAUUGAGAUAUGGCAUGACAAUGAAUAGGAAAGAAAAUAAAAAUAUAGCAGAUGUCGAUGUGUGCGUUAUUAUUAUUUUUUUUUCCUGCUUUUGUUAUGAAUUUAUUUCUAAUCGGUAAUCAUUGCACAGUAAUGUUUAUUCCACUUUAAUCACACAAAAAAAGAAAUAAGAGUAAAGAUUUUGAUCUGGACAAUUAGGUGAGAUAUAUAAAUAUGAGUAUAGUUUAAGAUGCUCAAAGGAGAUUGAAUCCUUUGCCUUUGUCUUUAUAUUCUUCCUAUCUUUUUUCCAAUUCUCUUCGAGUUUACUUAUAAAUAAAGUUUCUAAAAAGUGAAAUUUUCUUUGAUUUUAAUUUUAAAAUGUGCAUUUUAUAAAUUUAUAUUUAUUAAAUGAAAAAGAAUGUGGUUCUAAACUUUGUAACGAAAUUCAUGAAUGAGAUUGAAAUUUGUUUGUAUGGUUAAACAAGCAUUCUAAACUACACAUAACGCUAAGAAUAUUUGACUCACCUUAAAUUAGAAAGCUGGGCCUAACCUUGUAUCUUAACAAAGGUAAAAUUCUUAUUAGUCGCAUAUUAUUUAAACCAAAAUGUAAAAUACUUUUAUCAUAGAGUGGCCGACCUUUAAACCAAACAUCCCAAAAAUGUUUCAUAUUUGUUUUGGUUAUAGUGGACCAAACAUCUAUUCCACCUUUAAGGAACAACCGACAACUACCUCGUUUUUCUCACAAAUCCUUCGCUUAUUUCCACAUACAACAUUAAAUCAAGGCCCAUUGGAUUGUUUUAACUUUUAAAUUUUGAAUAUUUUUCCACAAUCUUGUAAGCUUUUGUCUUUAAUUUCAUAAAAGGAGAAGAUUCUACUCCUACAAAGUAAAAAUAAAGACACAUCGUGUAUAGUGAAUUAUACCAUCUCGUCUUCCUCCUUUCAACCUCUCACAACUUUCAUUUUCUAUUAUUUUGUUUAUGAUUUUAUCAUUUACUCUAAAUUUUAUAUAUACUUUUUUCAUGUGGUUAUAUUUGUUUACUUAAGUAACAUAUAUUCAAUUUUUCGUUCAUAAAUUUAACAACAAAAGUAUUCAUGAUAAUUAAAAUAAACUUUAAAUUUCAAAAAGUUGAAACAAAACAUUUUAAAAUUCAAAAGUAUGAUUGAAACUUGUCGUACAGUUCAUAAGUUCUUUUACCAUUUUAACCGGAUGUAAAAACAAGGUUUCCUUUUGCCUAUUCAAAAGUCUUUUUUUUUUUUCUUUCUUUUUUUCUUUCUUCAAAAGUUGUUUUUUUUCUUAACACAAUUAUUCUCCAACCCAAAAUCAAACCAAUACACGUUUUUCUUCUUAGUAAUGAUUAUCUAAACGGUAAUUUUCAUUAAAAUAAUUUAAAAUAUAAAGUAAAAUUAUUAUUUUUUUAAUGUGCAAAAUGAGAAACUUUCAACACUUUUUCUGUCAUCUAUCAUUUCUUUCGACAAGAAAAAAAGAACAAACCAAAAAAAAAAAAAAAAAAAA